UCUGCCUCCCAUCACAAUCUACCUUACCUAAGGUAGUCCUCCAAGCCAAAAGACGCUGGCGUCUCCUUAGUGGUUUCUCAAGUGGCAACGGCUCAACUCGAUCAGCCCACGUCAUGGUCCGAUCGCAAGUCCGCGCUUGGAAAGCCCUCGUCGCGCUGCAUUUGCUGGCAGUCCCAGGGGCCCGCGCCAGGCCGCAAGGAGGGGGGACCACGUCAGCAGCGCCCAUGGCGUGCAACAACUCGCCCGACCUAUGCUCCCGCGCCUACAACAACAUCACCCACAUGGGCGCCCAUGACAGCGCCUUCCUCCGCGACGCCACCACGGGCAACAGCAUCUCGGGCAACCAAUUCUUCAACGCCACCGUCGCCCUGUCGGCCGGCAUCCGCAUGCUCCAGGCGCAGGUGCACCUCUCCAACGGCGUCCUCGAGCUGUGCCACACCUACUGCGCGCUGCUCGACGCCGGUCCGCUCGACGCCUGGCUGGGUCAGAUCAAAUCGUGGCUCGACGCCAACCCGAACGAGGUCGUCACCCUCCUGCUCGUCAACUCCGACAACCAGCCGGCCUCCUCCUUCGGCGAAGCCUUCGAACGCUCCAGCCUCUCCGCCUACGGCUUCACCCCCUCUUUCUCCUCCUCCUCCUCCUCCGGCGGCAGCAACACCAGCAGCGUCAUACUCUGGCCAACCCUGCAGCAGAUGAUAGCAGCCAACACGCGGCUGGUGACCUUCAUCGCCCCUUUGCGUAACAACAACACGUCUGACCAAGCAUCAUCAUCACACCCGUACCUGCUAGACGAAUUCGCCCACGUCUUCGAGACGGCCUGGAGCAUCACCUCGCUCUCGACCUUCACCUGCGCGCUCGACCGGCCCGGCAGCCUUUCCGCUUCUGGCGCUUCGGGCGCGCUCGCCGCCGGCCUCCUGCCGCUGCUGAACCAUUUCGCCUAUGACAUGAUCACGCAGGACAUCCUGGUGCCCGACGUCGACGACAUCGACGUCACCAACAGCCCGAACGAGACCGAGACCGGGGCACUGGGUGACCAUGUCAGGCGGUGUAUGGCCGAGUGGGGAGGAGGAGCAGGAGCAGGAGCAGGAGCAGGAGGAGGGAUCAAGCCGGUGUUUGUGCUGGUGGAUUUCUACGAUCGCGGACCUGCGAUCGAGACGGCCGAUCGAGUGAAUGGCAUUGUAGGGCGGACCGUAGGACGGGUGAGUGAGCCGGGGAAGUCUCACAAGAAUCUUGGGAGGAAGUUGGAGGCUGGUGGUGCCGCCGUGGCGGCUAUGGUGUUCGGUAGGUUGUUGUUGGAGUUUGGUUGGGGCGUUUGAGGGCUGGUGAUCAUGCCAGUGGGUUCUCAACUUAAUAAACGACUGAGGAAUGGUUGAUUUUCGAUAGGCAAGUAUCUUGGAUAUCACGGCGUUCAGGAACCUAGAUGGGUGGAACUUUCCUUUUCUCGGUGCAAGCCGCCUUCGAUACUGGGUAUCGUCCCACAAAACAGAAAUACCCUCUCUGAUCGUGACAACGACAGAAUGUUCAGAGCGCAGUGAAGGGGAGAGAGAGAGAGAGAAGGAGUAAUGUUGCAA